AUGGCCACUGAGGUAAGUUAUUUGGCCAGACUCAUGAACGGUGGUGACUCAAAUGAGUCAGCAUCAAUCGGGAAAUCAACGUCCCCGAUCACAAGGGAUUUUCUUGGUGGGUGUUCUACGCUUGACUCUAAAGAGUUGGACCUCGAUUUGCAAGUACCCUCUGGCUGGGAAAAACGUCUCGACCUAAAGUCAGGAAAUGUAUAUCUCCAGAGGUACAAUUCGUUAAACGCAUCCUCCUCAGAAAGUAAGCGUCAAGACCUCAAUUUUCCUCCAGUGUCAUUGAACCCUUUCGAUGACGCCGCCUUAGACUUAAAGCUCGUACUGUCAUCCUCAACUUCUGUGAAAUCAUCUAAUUACCAAAGCGUGUGCACUCUAGAUAAAGUGAAAUCCGCGCUCGAGAGAGCGGAGAAAGAAUCCUCGAUGAAGCGGUCCAUGUCAAAGUCAAAAUCAUCAUCGCCGCAUUCAAGUUCCUCGUCCUCUACAAAAGAUAGUGAGAUCGAUCGAGAGGAGAAGUCAUCGGCAUCAUUUGCUGCUGGAUGCCCGAGGUGCUUGCUUUACGUACUAAUCUCGAAGAAUAAUCCUUUAUGUCCUCGAUGCAACUGUGUCGUGCCGUUGUCUGUGGCUGUCAAGAAACCUCGAAUCGACCUUAAUAUAGCUAGUUGA